GGAUCGAUUUUAGUCUCAACUCGUAAUCCAACCCGAUAUAUAGUGAUUUAUGAUUGUUUUUUAGGCCAAUUUAAUUCAACCUAAAAGUUUUGUGAUUGGGUUGAUCGGUUCGGUUGAGUAACUCAAAAUCCAACCCGUUGCAAGUAAGUUUUUCUGCUAGUUUAGCCCAUUCCUAAAAUUAAGCUAAAGCCAAAUCCAAAGCCAAACACCAGUUUUCUCACUCUUAUCCGUGGAUAAUCUUAUUCCGUUUUUUUGCCACCCACAGUUCGUUGGCUCAAGACCAGUCCAAUCCAACAGGUGAAGGAUGAAUUCUGGUUUUUCUAGCACCGGUGACCAUUUGAGGGCUAACUGGACUCCACCUCAAGACAGCUUCUUCAUUGACCUUUUGCUAGAACAAGUGAGCAAAGGGAACAAAACUGGUCAUGGAUUUAGGAAACAAGCAUGGGCAGAUAUGAUUGUACUCUUUAAUACCAAAUUUGGAUUUAAGUAUGAUACAGACAUUCUGAAAAAUCGAUACAAAAGAUUGAGGAAGCAGUACAGUGAGAUGAAGAGCCUUGUUGAUCAGGGUAAUUUUAGAUGGGAUGAAUCGCAACAGAUGAUAACAGCUGAUGAUAGUGUAUGGAAUGACUAUAUCAAGGCCCACCCUGAAAUGCAACCAUACAGAACAAAAGUCGUUUCAUAUUAUAACGAGUUGUGCAUAAUAUGUGGGCAUGCAGUUGCUGAUGGAAGAUACAGUCUUUCAUGUUAUGAUGUAGACUUUGAAAACGAAGCAAUAGGAAUUGAUUGUCAAGAUCCCAUUAAUGAUGAUCCUAAAAUUGAGUGGUCACAGACUAUGGACCAAUUUUUUGUUGAACUUAUGUUGGAUGAGGUGUGUAAAGGGAAUAAGGCCGGUCGCUCUUUCAAGAAGAAAUCAUGGGUGUCCAUGAUCACAUCUUUUAAUGAGAAAUUCGGAUUUCAGCGUGGUAGGGCUGUCUUGAAAAACCGGUAUAGUAUAUUUAGGAGGCAUUACAGUAGCAUUAAGAUUCUGCUUGAUCAAAGGGGGUUUAAGUGGGAUGAAACAGAACAAAAGAUGGUAGCUGAUGAUCGGGUCUGGAAUAAAUAUAUCAAGGCACAUCCCAGUUUUCGUAUGUAUAGAAAUAAAGCUAUGCCAUAUUAUUCUGAUAUGUGCAUCAUAUGUGGAAAUGAAGCUAGAAUUUUGAAAAAAGCUACUUCAAGUUGCAAUCUAGCUCUUGAUAAGGGAACCCUUGCAAAAAAAACUGAUGGAGAAGCUAUGCCUAUUGUUGACAAACAUUAUGCUCACGGAAAACCAUUAGGUUCAAGCAGUGUCAAGAAUUUAUCAGAUCAAAAGAAAAGGCAUUGUCCUCAAAUACCAGAAACCUUACAACAGUCUAAAAAAGCACAAAGAACGGAUGGAGUUGAGGCCGUUAAUGCUCUAGAAGAUAUGGCAGUCGCAGUGUCUUCAUUGAAGAAGAAACUAAAGAAAGAGGAAUCUGUAUCCAUAGAGAAGGUUAUUGGUGUCUUGAAGUCUAUACCAGACAUCGACGAUGAUCUAUUACUAGAUGCCUGUGACUUUUUAGAGGAUGAAGGGAGAGCCAGAAUGUUUUUAGCACUGGAUGCUGCAUUCCGAAAGAAGUGGUUGAUGAGAAAGCUUCGUCCACAGUAAUCUAUCUUUUUCCUCCCCUGGGCUGUAAAAGUGUAUAGCUUUCUCAAUUCACCAAUAAAGUAGUCAAGAAUUAUAGUCAUUAUACUGUGCUCUGGGUUGUAGUAAGGGUCAUUGAAUUAGUUGAUGUAGGGUUAAAUCUAAUGACAGUAAUAUUUUAAUUUAUUUUCUAUUAUUUUGACAACAUAUUUUAA